AUGGUUGCUGCAAAGAAAACUAAAAAGACUCAUGAGAGCAUCAAUAACAGGCUCGCUCUUGUUAUGAAGAGCGGAAAGUACACCCUUGGUUACAAGACCGUACUCAAAACUCUCCGUAACUCCAAAGGGAAACUGAUACUGAUAUCGAACAACUGUCCACCACUGAGGAAAUCUGAGAUCGAGUACUAUGCCAUGCUUUCAAAAGUUGGCGUACACCACUAUAAUGGAAAUAAUGUUGACUUGGGAACUGCAUGCGGCAAAUACUUCCGUGUUUCUUGCCUAAGCAUUGUUGAUCCAGGUGACUCGGACAUCAUUAAGUCGUUGCCCGUAAAAAAAAGUGUUGCCGGUGAAAGGCGCAUUCGGAGAGGUGGGAUGAAUAGUGUGUUCAACGAAGAGAUACUUGCAGACAAGCUCUCAAAGCUCAAUAACACCCAGCAGUGUAUUGAAACUUUGUCGCACUGGUGCAUUUUUCACCGUGGUAAAGCAGAGCAAGUUGUUGCGACAUGGGAUAAACAAUUCCAUAGUUUGGAGAUGGUUAAGAAAGUGCAUCUUCUGUACCUUGCAAAUGAUAUCCUGCAGAACAGCAAGCGUAACGGAAAUGAAUUUGUCUCCGAAUUUUGGAAGGUUCUUCCUUCAGCACUCAAGGAGGUUAUGAAGAAUGGGGAUGAUCGUGGACAGAAGGCCGUCUCAAGAUUGGUCAAUAUAUGGGAAGAAAGGAAAGUAUUUGGAUCCCGUGCUCAGAGCCUUAAAGAUGUAAUGCUUGGAGAAGAAUUACCCCCACCAUUGGAGUUUGGGAAGAAACGUUCUCGUUCUAUCAGAAUAAAGAGAGACUCUAGAUCUAUCAGAACGAAAUUAACCAUUGGUAGCACUGAAGAAAAAAUUGUGUCAGCUUUUAACUUGGUGCUCAGCGAACAUCCCGUUGAAGAUGAAGAAAUGAAUAAGUGCAAGUCUGCCAUCCAACGUGUGAGAAAGAUAGGAAAAGAUGUCAAUGUUGCCUUAACAAAAGCCAAGGAUCCAACGCGGAGGACCUUAGCUAAGGAUCUAGAGCAGGAAGAACUUGUUUUGAAUCAGUGCAUUAAGAAACUUAAAGUUGUCGAAGCAAAUAGAGUGAUCCUUGUGUCACAAUUACGAGAAACACUUCAUGAGCAGGAGUCAGAGCUAGAGAAUGUUCGGACACAAAUGCAGGUAGCACAGGGACAGGCAGAAGAAGCUGCAAAUAUGCGGAAACGUUUGAAUGAUGACCACGUGAUAGAUUCAAAAGCAUCUAUGGCAUCGGCAGAUACUAAUACAAAAGCAGCACAAACAACAAAAAAAACUGCUUCGGCUAUUGCAGCUGAGGUCGCAGACAAGCUAGCUGCUUCGAGCUCGUCCCAGUACAUUAUGACCUCUGUCCUUUCUACAUUUGCGGCUGAAGAAGCCAAAAAUGCUGGGCUUAUGAAGUCUGCAACAUCCUCAACUUCUUUCUCAUCAGUUUCCAAUCCUCCAAUGUCCAACCCUGUUUCUGAUCAGACUGUUUUCAUACCGGCACAACAACCUAAUCCUCCACAAAACAACCAAUAUCAAUCACAUAUGGUGCCCCAGCCAUCAAUCCAAGGUCAAAUUUCCAACUCUCAAUCUAUGUAUUAUUCACUUCCUCAGCCACCUCAGCAGUAUUUGCAGUCAUCGGGUGGAAUUGUGGCCCCGUAUGAUUAUGGUGGUCUUCCUCCCCUGCCACCCGGGCCACCUCCACCCCCACCUCCAUCUUACAUGAUGAACCCAGUGGUUCCUUUUACCCAGCAGCCACCUCAGAUGACUCACCAGCAACCACUAGUGAUGGGCAAUCAGCCAUCAACAUUAGCUCAGCAGCAAAUAGGACCUGUACCUCAACAACCGCAUGCAACACCUAGUUCUCAUCCUCUUCCCCCAUUUCAAGCCCCUGGAAUGCCGUAUUAUGGUCACCCUUAUCAAUCGCACUGA